AUGCUCGUGCCACGUCAAGAAAACAUUGACCUGUCGCUGUUGCAGCAACGAAUCGUGGACAGCGGUCGCGAGCUCUGGGAUCCAGUCAACCAGACGGACAAUGUCCGCGUGCGUCGAGCUGGUCACGACACGUGGGGCAUCGACAAAGUCGUGUUUAUCUUUGGCGACGACUACUUGCAAAACGUCUUUACGUUCCCGUAUUUCCACGUGUGGCACAAGGAACUGGCGCCUAUUUUCGCGCAGAUGAACAUCUCGCUGCGCUCUGUCGUGCGCUGUAUGUUGGCGUCGAUGCCGCCGGGAGCGACGAUCCCCGUCCAUCACGAUACAGGGUCCUGGGUGCGCUUUACGCAUCGCAUGCAUCUUCCGGUGUUCACAAGUCCCGACGUCGACUUCCGAGUGGGUCCCAACGACGAGAACAUGCAGCGCUACGAGCUGAAGCAAGGCACGCUCUACGAGCUCAACAAUAUUGGUCGCCACUGCGUCAAGAACAAUUGGGACCAGCACCGCGUACAUUUGAUCUUUGACUACGUCGAAGACAGCUUUCCGCUGAACCGCAUGGACCUCAAGCCCAGUACAGUCGUGUGGCAGACGCGUCGCUCGAUGGACUUGUCAACCGACUACGGCAAGCGCGUGCCGCCGUCGUUCAUGAUCAUCGGCGCGCAGAAGGCUGGUACCACGGCAUUGCAUGACUACAUCUUGCAGCACGACCUCGUGUGGCCUGCGAAGCGCAAGGAGACUCACUACUUUGACUGGCGCUGGAAUCGAAAGCUCGCGGAUCCAUCAACGCCCGAGGGUGCUAAGCAACAUCUCCGGUAUUACGAGGACACGUACUUUGAGAGGAAGAUCUUGUACCGAUAUCCGUCGCUGAUGUCGGGUGAGGCUACGCCAAGUUACAUGCUCGGCGGAUCGACAGUGAUCAAUCGGAUGAAGCAGGUGAUCCCGCAUUGUCGCAAGAUCUUGGCCAUUCUGCGAAACCCAGUGGAGCGCGCGUACUCGCAUUACUCGAUGACUGUCGACACUGAAGGUUCCGAGCAACAGCUGUGCAAUCGUGGCCAUCACCAUUUGAAGGACGGGUGCAACUUUGAGCAGAUUGUCGACGACGAGCUGGAAGAGCUCGCAAUGCUUGGCGUGCACCUGGACAUGGACUUUGACGAAUUUGACACGAAAGUGAUGCGCCGGUGCCUUGCCUUCGACCACGGCGCGCACUCGUUUGUGGCUCGCGGCCUGUACGCUCUGCAAUUGACAGGCUGGAUAAAGGCGUAUGGUAUGGAGAAUACGAUGCUGCUCACUCUCGAUGAGUUCAAGACGACUGACAAGCUCCAUACUACCAUGGACAAAGUGUUUACGUUUCUUGAUCUGCCGUAUCACCGGAUCGAAGACACGUCGGCCAAGAACACGCGCAAGUAUGAUCCCAUUGACGACGCCGUCCGCGCCAAGCUGGCUGCCUUCUACGCGCCAUACAAUGAAAAGCUGUAUGAGAUGCUCGGUCGCAAUCUUGGCUGGUAG